AACUACUCUAACAAUGCUCACGACCAGGCGAAACCAUCAAUCCCACAACGACAGCUUUUCUUCCAGAUAUGGUACCUCGAAGGCUUCUCGGUCCAGACGACAUGCUCGCGAUGCUUCAGUUGCAUCGAGAGGCCCCGUAAGGCGCCGAACUCCAGCAAGUCCGCCUGAUGGCAGCUCUACCUCUUCCUCCGUCAUCACCAUCAGUGUUGGCUCUGACAGACGACUUUUCGCCGCUCACAAAGAAAUCCUCUGCGUGUCGCCUUUUUUCGCAACCGCAUGUUCCCGAGCCCGAUCGCUGAACCCAUCAAGCAGCCGGCGGAUAUCAUUGCCAGAAGAACAACCGGAGGUAUUCUCAUGCAUUCUCGAAUACCUCUACAGAGGAGAUUACUACCCGCGGCUGGUCCAAAAUGAGAAACACAAUACAUGGGAACUGGAGAACCCUAAACUUGAGGACGGACAGACCGAUGGAGCUACGCUCUUUCAUCCGGCUGCAGGCGCAGAAAUAUUGAGAGACACUGCUGUCUAUUGCGCCGCUAACAAGUACGGCCUCGAACACCUGAAGCGCCUAUCCCUCGUCAAGCAGGGCCUUCACACCGGCAUUCAGUGUAGCACUAUCCUCGCAAGUGCGCGCUACGCCUACGCCAACACUCCCGACCAUGAAUCUAAACUCCGAGCUCACUAUCUUGCCCUCAUCAUCCGAAGCAGGUCGACUUUCAAGCGAAGCGGCACGAUGCAGAUGGAGAUGGAAAAGGGAGGCAAACUGUUCUUUGACCUCUUCGUCGCCAUGUGCAACCAUAUGGAUGACCUCGCGGCUGCAGCGCCGAGUACCAAGCGUUCACUCGCCGCGUAA